AUUAAAUGAAUUUAGUUGUGCAGUAAUGGCAGCUACACAGUCACAAGAGCUGAAGAGCAACUUGGACAACACAAUCUCCGGCGAUUCAGAAGUGCAGAUGUCAGAUUCCGGUAGCAAACGAGGCGGUUGGAUCACCUUCCCCUUCAUCAUAGCAACUAUGACUGGCUUGACACUAGCCGCUGGUGGUGUGACCGCGAAUCUUAUUGUUUAUCUUAUUGGCAAAUUUAAUGUGAAGAGCAUUGAUGCUGCUCAAGUUUCUAACAUUGUUAAUGGUUGCAGUAGUCUAUUUCCGGUCAUCGGAGCCAUUCUUGCCGACUCUUUUCUAGGCUGUUUCUCUGUCAUCUCCAUUUCUUCUUUAAUCUCUUUGCUGGGCACGGUUCUUUUCCUCCUCACCGCGACACUCGAUUCCUUGAGACCUUCACCAUGUGGAAAUGGAUCAAUCUUGUGCACAAGUACCCCAUCGAAAAUCCAAUUUGCAGUCCUAUAUGCAGCUUUAGCACUCGUAUCAAUAGGCGUUGGGGGCACACGGUUCACCAUAGCAACGAUGGGAGCUAACCAAUUUGAUGAUCCCAAGCAUCACGGGAUCUUCUUUAAUUGGUUCUUCUUCACCUUGUACAUUUCUUCAGUUGUAAGUUCAACAGUCAUUGUCUAUGUUGAGGAUAAUGUGAGUUGGGCAAUGGGAUUUGGUCUGUGUGUCGCGGCCAAUGCAAUUGGCUUGGCCAUUUUUGUUCUGGGAAGCCGUUAUUAUCGUCAUAUUAAGCCAAAAGGGAGCCCUUUCUUGGAUUUAGCUCGGGUUUUCAUUGCCGCCAUUAGAAAGAGGAAGAUAUUGCUUUCAUCCAGAAGUGAGGAUUAUUACAAUAUUGAGCUUGAUGGGAACACAGGCAUGAUGCCAACAACACCAACUAAAAGCUUCAAGUACUUAAAUCGCGCAGCACUGAAAACAGAAAAGGAUGUACAAUUAGACGGCAAAAUCACAAGAACAUGGAGGCUAUGUACUGUACAACAAGUAGAAGAUUUAAAAACCUUAAUCAGAAUUUUCCCACUGUGGUCCACUGGUAUUUUCUUAAGCACCACAAUAGGGGUCCAAUCCAGCUUAGUAGUCCUCCAAACUCUAACCAUGGACCGUCACAUUGGACCUCACUUCAAAAUCCCAGCCGGGUCCAUCCUAGUCACUGCAUUCAUUUCCACUUCCAUCUCUCUCACUCUCAUUGACUGGUGCUUAUGUCCUACGUGGCAAAAGCUAACUCGUCGAUCUCCGACACCACUCCAACGUAUCGGGCUCGGCCACGUGCUAAAUGUACUUAGCAUGGGUGUGUCAGCCAUAGUGGAGUCCAAGCGGCUUGAGAUAGCCCGAGCCCACCAACUCCAGGAUCAGCCCGGUUCCACGGUGCCAAUGUUGGCCUUGUGGCUCCUUCCACAACUAGUUAUUGUUGGCAUUGGUGAAGCAUUUCAUUUCCCGGGACAAGUUGCACUGUACUAUCAAGAAUUUCCGGUAUCGUUAAAAAGCAUGGCAACUGCAAUGAUCGCGAUGAUUAUUGGAAUAGGUUUCUAUUUAAGCACGGCUGUGAUUGAUUUCGUUCGGAGAGUUAGCGGAUGGUUACCGGAUAAUAUAAAUAAUGGGAGGCUAGAUAAUGUGUAUUGGAUGUUGGUUGUGGUUGGGGUGAUAAACUUUGGUUAUUAUCUAGUAUGUGCAGGGUUGUAUAAGUACAGAAAUGUUGAGAAGUCUGAGAAUGAUAACUCUAGCUUGCACAAGUGAUGUUGAUCUAUCAUACAAAACGGGCUUUAAUGUAUCUACCUACUAUUCCUCUAUACAUAUUUGUAUUUAUUUUUUUUUGGGUAAGUAAGUGGUAAAUAUAUAUAUUAAUUUGUUCAUCUUGUGAUA